UGCAAUUGCAAUGACAGAAGAUAGCAAUCUCCAACCAUGGGCCACGGCCACCACUGCCGCUGUCACAGUAUUGGCAUUUGUGUGUGUUUGUUUGAGGAUAAUAUCGCGAUUAGAAAGAAAGCAGAAAUUAUGGUGGGAUGAUUGGAUGAUUAUUUUUUCUAUGGCCUGGAACUUAAUAGUAAUAUCCUUCAUCUUCACCAUGAUCCACCUCGGAAUGGGCAUCCACGCCACCCACCUCCCGACCCCCAACAUAAUCCUCAUCGCCAAAUACCUCGUCGUCGCCGAAAUCCUCUACGUCUUCAACCUCGUCUGGACAAAACUCAGCAUCCUCCUCAUGUACUACCGGAUCUUCCACUUCCCGUACUUCAAGAAAUGGGCCUACGGAAUCGGCACAUUCGUCAUUCUGUGGGUGAUUUGCAUCACAUUCCUAUUCAUCUUUAUCUGUGUCCCCGUGCAGAAACUCUGGUAUCCGAGUCUUCCGGGGAAAUGUAUAAGUCAGGUGGGGACGUGGAUUGCGAAUGCGACGAGUACGAUUGCGACGGAUUUGGUGAUACUCCUACUGCCGUUGCCGCAAGUCUGGAGGUUGCAGUUGAGAUUGUCGGAGAAGGUGGCGUUGACGGUGGCGUUUGGAUUGGGGUUUUUUGUAAUAUUCGCCUCGGCAUACCGCUUCACCGUCCUAUUUAGCUACACAUCCACUGACUCAAGCUAUACCCUUGCCCCGGUGGUAGGGUGGACAGCCAUUGAAAUGUCCGCGGGGAUUGUGUCCGCCUGUCUCCCCACCAUUCGUCCAGCGCUUCAACUCGCAGCCCGCAAACUAGGCAUCCAGAGAUUCAUGCCCGCGUUGUUGCGCAGUCGAUCGGGGAAUCUCUCCUCCAAGACGAAUCCCAGUCAGAUACCGGCUGAUAGUGCGACGAAUAGUACGGCGGGGAUGAUGAAUCGGAGGUCGUUUUAUCAUUUGCCGGAUGAGGAAACAGGGCUGGGGAAGGGGGUUCUGGCGCAGCAGAUUCGGUUGGAUGAGGUGCUGAGGCCGAAACAUGAUCGUGGGUUGACGGUUACGAAUAUUAGGGGGAGUGGAAAUGCACAUGAUGAUAGACUGGGAGGGGAAGAGGAUGAGGUGCCGUUGCAUGGGAUUAGGGUUAUGAAGGAUUUUAGACAGGAUUGUUAG